AUUCUGAAACUACAAUGGCAAUACCCUCUUCAAUGAGUUGUCUGUAUCCUCUCAUGGCCGCAAUUAGAAAUCCUCUUCAAGUGCUCCGAGAAUCCUGAGGUACACAUAUCAUAAUGGUUUCUAGAAUCUUGACCUGUACCCUCAUGACGCCUGGGAAGCUUAAGCCUAUCAGGCAUGAAUCGUCACCAUCAACGAAACGGUUUAAUAUAAUUUCUGGAAUGGGACCAUUAGCGCAGAACACUCAACUAUGAGGAUCUUUGGCACAUGUGUCUGCUUGAAAGCUUUCUCCCUGCGAGCCACUGGGAAGGCCAAUAUAUAUAGACGGAAGGGGGAAUCUCUGAUGGCUUCGAAUUUCGAUCGGUGGGAGAAGGAUCCGUUCUUCUCCGCGGCUGAGGAAGUUCAGGAAUCUGCCGACAGGAUGGAAUCCGUGUAUAGAACUUGGAUACAUGAAAGCAAGGAUGCGUCGAGCAUCUGCGAUGUCGAUGAGCUUCGUAGGGACUUACGUACCUCCCUUGGCACUGCCAAAUGGCAGUUGGAUGAGUUUGAGCGGGCCGUCGGCUCGAGCUAUGUCGGGAGUUCUAGCUCGGCCAAGGAUGGGAGAGCUAGGCAUAGGCAAUUCAUUGUUGCUAUCGAGGAUAAGAUAUCUACGGUUGAGAACUCGUUAAAGGAAUCAGUCGUCGCGGAAGGCAAGUCGACGCUACCUUGGGUUCGUUUGGAUGAAGGAGAACGGGAUGAGCUCGCGUUGUUUCUGUCGGGACCUUCGGUAGGUAGGGCGCACCCCCUGCUACGGUUGCUGCUAGGGACGAAGAAGAAGGGAAUUUGCAGGCAGUGCGUGGAGAGGCAGUGUCUGGUUGUUCGAAGAAUUCUUCGCAUUCCACACAAGAGACUAAAGAGGAGAGGUUGCCCGGGUAUAGGAGGACUGCAAGCGCCAGUGCUGACAUUGGUGACUGGAAGAUUGCAGUUGCCGACGAUAAUUCCAGUCGGAGGUCUUUCGAUGCCAUGCCCGAUCGUCCUCCUUCUAGGGUUUUUAGUUUUUCUGGACUCCUCGGAGCCAUGGAGCCCAUUCCCAUGUUGAAUUGGUCGAAGAAUGGUUUCAGAAAAUGGAAGGCUGGAGAUCGUCGUCAACCAACCGAUGCUGUGCCAUUGCGGCCACAACAGUUGAGUCGGGGAAUAGAUGCAUGUUAUGAAAGAAGUAAGAGCUGCCUUGAUAGCUGUGACGACGCUUAUGAUAAGCAGUUAUAUGGCUGGUUUGGAGCUGUUCAAAGACAACUUCAAAGGUCCCAAUAUUAUAUCCAAUAUAGUCGGCCAAUUCAAGUUGCAUUUGGGGUUGCUGUUGUCCUUUGCCUGAUCGCACUGCAAUCGAAGGAUGGAAUCUUUCUGACGGCAGGAAAUGGAAAUGGAGGAAACGGAGGCAGAGUAGAUAUGGUGAUGCAGCGCCCAACGAUUGGGCUUCAAAGGGGGUUUAAACCUUGCCUUUAAUUUGGGGCUAUUAAUCCAGUUGAUCUCUGCUCAGGUUAACCAUCGAUUCUGCCAAGAUGCACCAUCGAUCUGCAGAGCUAUAUUCCAGAUUUGGAUAGAUUUCGAGUCAGCCUAAAGAGGACCAAAUUCUGCCCAUUUCUGCCUUAUCAACCAGCUGACUUGUAGGGAUGAGUUUGAGAGAAGAUCAGCAUAUUUGGGAGAUUUUCUUCGAAUUUGUUUUUCUCGCAUGGAGUGCAGUCUAAGGUGGGAAAAAUAUUCUUUUGGAUCGGAUUUGGUGGUUGGCAGUAGUAGUCACAGGGGUACAGUGAAGGCUGGGAGUAUAGGUAUUCUUCCUUCCGGCAAUUGAUAUAUGCAUUUUUCUUGUUUUGUAGCAUGGCAGAAAGUUCCAUGCUCAGAAUGCUUUGUAAACUAUUUGUGUGGAGACCACGAUCUUUUUUUUAAUUUUUUUAUUAUUUUUUUUAAAUUUCAAGAUUAAUUGUAUAUUCGUUGUUGUUAAGAUCCCAGGAGAACUCAAUUGGAAAAUUAAGUAAAGGUGGCCCAAGAUUGAUACAUUUGUUGUGCUGGGUAUUUCGUUUACAAAACUACUAUAGUUCUAAGAAAUAUAUACUUUAGUCAAAAAAAGAGGAAAAACAGUGGCUGCAGGUAUUUUGUGGAGAGUGAUGACCUUCUAUCUCAGUGGACGAAAGGUCGAAAGAACCAGCAGUGGGCGUAUCUGAGUUUUGCUAGAAGCCUAGAACGGUGAGGAAAAGUCCAAUUGGAGCUCUCAGCCCCGUGGUAACGUUUACUGGAGAUCUGCCACAUCACACCAUGCCACGCGACGCUGUUGCAUUUAUUUUGACCUGUAAUCUUCUUCUACGGCAGCCAUCUUUGGGAGCUCAUUGAAAAGGCCUUCUCAGUUGUCUUGAUCGAGAAGACAAUGUGCUCCGAUUUAAGGUAUUUAUUUUAUCACAUGGACAGAUGAUAUGUCUAUUCCGACAGUUAGAUAGAGUAAACAUGAUUUAGAUUAGUCAUGUCAAAUUUCAAAGUUUAAUUCUAUAGAAUCCAUGUAUAUCCAUGCAUGUGUACCAAUGUUCUAAACAUUAUUGUGUUACAUAUGGAUAGCUGCUCAAAAAGGAAACAGUUGAAAAAGAUCCGUCUUCAGUUUAAAGAAAUUUGAUUUUUUUUUUUUACACC